UGCACAAUAUGAAUGUUAUAAAUUGUGAGAUUAUUUUAUCAAAUCAAAUGUAUGAUCAUAAAAACCCUGAUAGUGUAUUUCCAAAAUUGUCUGGUAUUAAAGUAAAUUAAACUGAAAAUCGUGGAGAGAAACGAAAGUUUAUUUGAAUUUCUAUUGAGUCUGCAUAUGUUUUCUAUAAAGUUGAAAUCAGAUUCUCAUUUUAUUUUCAUUUUAUCAUCACAAUUUUGAAGAGAAUACCAAAUUUAAACAUGAGUAACUCACUAAAGAGGAAAAAGGAGAAAAAAGGUGCAAAGAAUAAAGAUACAUUGGCGAAACUACGUGACAAGUUUAUUAACUCAGGUAUAAAAAAAUUUCAUCGCUACCAGUUUAAAAAGCGCAAAACUUAUGGGAUAUUGAAAACAAAUGAAGAGGAUACGACAUCGGAAGUAUCGAAAACUAGUUCACAAAGUGCAGAUCAAAUUAAGAGCUUACCCGAAAGAAAACAACGGAAAGCUGUGACAAUAGACUUCAUUGAAAACCGAGUAACUAGUGCACAAGCCAGUGCCAAUAAGCCUGUAAAAGGGUCUUAUAAAUCAAGUGAAAGUGCCUUCAAUUUUGGAAUUAUUGUAAAAUCUCUCAGCUCAUCAGCGCCAACUGAAGAUGUCAAAUUGUUUAUUGAUACUGACUUUAUGGAUCCAGUUGGUGAUGUCAUAGAUGAUCGCGUUAUCUGGAGAAGAGUUAGAGCUAUUAAUCCAAAGGCUGAAUUUUUUGUUGAGUUUACAAAAUUUCCAGUGCAAAUCUUACAAAGUAGAAUAGGAACUUAUGCCCUUUCAUCAGCUGUACAAUUAGUAAUGCACAAGCAAACACUGUUUGAUAAUAUUGUACCAAAAGAUCAAGAUUUUGAUAAAAAGUACAAUGGAUCAUUUAAUUUCUGGUUUUGGAAAUAUGGGGAAUGGCAAAAUGUCGUUGUUGAUGACUUUUUACCUUAUGAAUACAACAAUGUGUACGAACCUGUUUUUUCGGUUUUGGAUUAUGAGAACUCAUAUUGGUAUUCAUUAUUGGAGAAAGCAUAUGCUAAAUUUUACGGAUCUUAUCAUAAUUUGGCUUUUGUAACCCUUGAAGAUGCCUUGCAAGACUUGACAGGUGGCUUGGUAGAAUAUUUCACACUCGACACAGGGAUACAGCAGGAUAUGUUGGUCAAGUCAUAUUUGCAAAAAUCGAUUAUUGGCCUUGUUGUUAAAGAGCUAUCUGUUUUCAAAACUCUAGGCCAACCUCUUAAUUGUAAUGAAGUCUAUUGGCUCAAAGAUAUUAUUUCUGCAGAUUCCAAUCUGUUUGUUGUCUUACAAAAAUCUUUUAAAGUUGUAACAGAAACAUUUGCUUUGAUAGAAGGUUCAGAUAAAGAUGUGACAUCUCUUAACUUAUAUGUAAAAAGUGAGCUCAUAAAUGUAGAAGACAAUAAAGUUUCAAUAUCAAUUGAAAAGAUCAGACAAUAUUUUAAGGCAUGUAAAAUAAUCAGUUUUGCGUUGACUAAAACCGACAAGCUGAAACUUUUAAAGACUGAAUUAAAAGAGAAGUAUUGGAUAAAUAUGACAAGAGCCGGAGCAUGGGGCGUUUCAAAUGCCGGAGGGAAUCCCCAGUUUUCACGUACGUACUGGAGAAAUCCGCAGUUCAGAUUUAAAAUAGGAGUUACUGACAGUCAGAGUAAAUUGCUGUACACCAUUGUCUUAGGGUUGCUUACAUGUAGCUAUCCAACGAUUUCAUCUUACUCCAUUGGUUUUUCACUUUAUGAAGUGAAGUGUGAAGAUGAUGAAAUAUGGAAUAUAGAUUUAAAUGACUCAAACUGUGUUCUAAUUGGCCAACAUGAACUUGAGGAAAAGAGGCAAAUUACAAAAAGAUUUGUUAUACCACCUGGACUGUACGCUUUCAUACCAUAUACAUCACUUCCACUAAUUCAAGGGAGCUUUAUCUUCAGGCUAUUUUAUGAAAAUUCAGUUUUUUUAUAUUUGUGGGAGUUGAACACUCUUGAAGGAAGGACAAAUCAAAGAGUUAUCUCUACAGUUCAAACUUAUUCCCAAAGUUUUGACUUUUUUCAGUCCAUUAUCAAGUUAGGUAUAACUGUUCUGGUUAUUGGAAUUAUAUUCUGCAUGUUAAUAUUUAAAAUUUGACACAAUUUAUUUUUAUUUAUUUAUUAAUUUGUAAGUAGAUGAGUACAGUUUUAAAGUACUUGCAUUCACAAAUAUCUCUUAGUGUAAUUCUGG